CGGGCGCUAUAAGAGGGCGGCGGCCGCGGCGCGCCCUGCGCGGAGCCGGGAGCGCGAUGGUCAGCGCCGCGGCGCGGCAAGAUGCCGGAGGGGCCCCCGCUGGCGCGCUGGCCGGCCGCGGCCUUCGCGCUGACGCUGCUGCUCGCCGCGCUGCGCCCUCGGCCGCCUACUUCGGGCUGACAGGGAGCGAGCCCCUCACCAUCCUCCCGCUGACUCUGGAGCCCGAGGCGGCCGCCCAGGCGCACUACAAGGCCUGCGACCGGCUGAAGCUGGAGCGCAAGCAGCGGCGCAUGUGCCGCCGGGACCCGGGCGUGGCCGAGACGCUGGUAGAGGCGGUCAGCAUGAGUGCGCUCGAGUGCCAGUACCAGUUCCGCUUCGAGCGCUGGAACUGCUCCCUGGACGGCCGCUACCGGGCCAGCCUGCUCCGCCGAGGCUUCAAGGAGACCGCCUUCCUCUACGCCAUCUCCUCGGCCGGGCUGACGCACGCACUGGCCAAGGCCUGCAGCGCCGGCCGCAUGGAGCGCUGCACGUGCGACGAGGCUCCGGACCUGGAGAACCGGGAGGCCUGGCAGUGGGGCGGCUGCGGGGACAACCUCAAGUACAGCAGCAAGUUCGUCAAGGAAUUCCUGGGCCGGCGGCCAGGCCGGGACCUGCGGGCCCGCGUGGACUUCCACAACAACCUCGUGGGUGUGAAGGUGAUCAAGGCCGGGGUGGAGACCACGUGCAAGUGCCACGGCGUCUCGGGCUCCUGCACCGUGCGGACGUGCUGGCGGCAGCUGGCGCCCUUCCACGAGGUGGGCAAGCGGCUGAAGCACAAGUAUGAGACGGCGCUCAAGGUGGGCAGCACCACCAACGAGGCCACAGGCGAGGCUGUUUCGCCGCCGCGGGGCCGUGCCGCCGGGGCGGGGGUGGACCCGCUGCCCCGCACGCCUGAGCUGGUGCACCUGGACGACUCGCCCAGCUUCUGCCUGGCCGGUCGCUUCUCCCCAGGCACCGCAGGCCGCAGGUGCCACCGCGAGAAGAACUGCGAAAGCAUCUGCUGCGGGCGUGGCCACAACACGCAGAGCCGGGCAGUGACGCGGCCCUGCCAGUGCCAGGUGCGCUGGUGCUGCUACGUGGAGUGCCGGCAGUGCACGCAGCGCGAGGAGGUCUACACCUGCAAGGGCUGA